UUUUCUGUUUUUUUUUUUAAUUGACGUAUAGUUGAUCUACAGUGUAUUAUCCCUCUUAUUUUGCGCCCCCACCCCCACUCCCUGAGUUCCAGAGCCAUUCCCAUGUAAAGAAGGGGGAUCAUUGGAGCUGGGAAUGGAGACGUGAUGGGUCAGGACGCCUUCCUCCCUCUUCCCUCUUACCCGAAGCUGGACCACCAUGCCCACCCUUCGGUCGUCCUCCUCCCGGUACCAGAGCUCCUCCUCCCCGAGCAGCACGUCCUCGCCGCUGCGCAGAGCGGUAGCAGCUGGACGGAGGAGCGGGUCUGCUGCUUCUAGUUCUUCUGUGUCUGUCGCUGUGCCCUGCGAUGACGGGGACUCGAAGCGGACUUCAGAGGGGGAUAGUGAAUCUUUGUCAGCUGGUGAAGGCAGUGAUUUCGAAGACAGCUUGAGACGAAAUGGGAAGAAGAGAGCAGCAAAACGUCCACUCAAACCAACCCCAGCAAAACUUCCAAAGAAGAGGUCCCGAACAGUACGUGCUCAUGGUCAGAAAGAGUCGGAGCCGCCAGCCAGUGAUCUCUUUGAUGCUGUGAAAGGUGCCAAAAGUGACAUGCAGUCUUUGGUAGAUGAGUGGCUGGAUAGCUACAAGCAAGACCAGGAUGCCGCAUUCCUGGAGCUCGUUAACUUUUUCAUCCGGUCUUGUGGAUGUAAAGGCACUGUGACCCCUGAGAUGUUCAAGACGAUGUCUAACUCAGAGAUCAUCCGGCACCUAACUGAACAGUUUAAUGAGGAUUCAGGAGACUAUCCUCUGACAGCUUCAGGCCCAUCCUGGAAGAAGUUCCAGGGCAGCUUCUGUGAAUUUGUGAGAACAUUGGUCUACCAGUGCCAGUACAGCCUCCUCUACGAUGGCUUCCCCAUGGACAACCUCAUCUCCCUGCUCACUGGCCUCUCAGACUCCCAGGUCCGUGCCUUCCGUCACACUAGCACCCUGGCUGCCAUGAAGCUGAUGACCUCCCUGGUAAGAGUUGCCCUCCAGCUGAGUCUGCACAAGGACAACAAUCAGCGUCAGUACGAGGCUGAACGGAAUAAGGGUCCGGGACAGAGAGCGCCUGAGCGGCUCGAGAGCCUGCUGGAGAAACGCAGAGAGCUUCAAGAGCAUCAAGAGGAGAUUGAGGGGAUGAUGAAUGCCCUUUUCAGGGGUGUCUUUGUACAUCGGUACAGGGAUGUCCUUCCUGAGAUCCGUGCUAUCUGCAUUGAGGAGAUUGGAUCUUGGAUGCAGAGCUACAGCACCUCUUUCCUCACUGACAGCUACUUAAAAUAUAUUGGCUGGACCCUGCAUGAUAAGCAUCGAGAUGUGCGUCUGAAGUGCUUGAAGGCUCUCAAGGGGCUGUAUGGCAACCAAGACUUGACUGCGCGCCUGGAGCUCUUUACCAGCCGCUUUAAGGACCGGAUGGUUUCCAUGGUCAUGGACCGGGAGUAUGACGUGGCAGUGGAGGCCGUUAGGUUGCUGAUACUUAUCCUCAAGAGCAUGGACGGGGUGCUGACAGAUGCAGACUGCGAGAGCAUCUACCCUGUCGUGUACGCCUCUAACAGAGCCCUGGCCUCUGCUGCAGGGGAGUUUCUGUACUGGAAGCUCUUCUACCCUGAGUGUGAGACAAGAGCGCUGGGCGGGAGGGAGCGACGCCGAAGUCCACGCCCCCGGAGGACUUUCUUCUACCUUCUGCUGUCCUUUUUUGUGGAGAGUGAGCUUCAUGACCACGCCGCAUACUUAGUUGACAGCCUGUGGGACUGUGCGGGGCCUCUGCUGAAGGACUGGGAGAGUCUAACAAGCCUGCUGCUGGAGAAGGACCAGAACCUGGGCGAUGUACAGGAGAGCACGCUGAUAGAAAUCCUUGUGUCCAGUGUCCGGCAAGCUUCAGAGGGCCACCCACCUGUGGGACGGGUCACAGGGAGGAAGGGCUUAACCCCAAAAGAACGUAAGAUCCAAGCUGACGACAAGGUGAAGCUAACUGAGCAUCUCAUCCCCCUGCUCCCCCAGCUCCUGGCCAAGUUCUCAGCUGACGCAGAGAAGGUGGCUCCCCUGCUGCAGCUUCUCAACUACUUCGACCUCAACAUCUACUGUACCAGGCGCUUGGAGAAACACCUGGAGCUGUUCCUGCAGCAGCUCCAGGAGGUGGUGGUGAAGCACGCGGAGCCUGCGGUGCUUGAGGCUGGCGCUCACGCCCUCUAUCUGCUGUGUAAUCCUGAAUUCACGUUCUUCACCCGGGUGGACUUUGCCCGCAGCCAGCUGGUGGAUCUCCUGACAGACCGCUUCCAGCAGGAGCUUGAAGAACUGCUUCAGUCGUCCUUCCUAGAUGAAGAUGAGGUAUACAGUCUGGCAGCCACUCUGAAGCGCCUCUCUGCCUUCUACAAUGCCCACGACCUAACCCGCUGGGAGCUUUAUGAGCCCUGCUACCAACUCCUCCGAAAGGCUGUGGACACAGGAGAGGUUCCUCACCAGGUGACCCUGCCAGCCUUGACUCUUGUCUAUUUUUCCAUUCUUUGGACACUAACCCACAUUUCUGGAUCAGAUGCUUCCCAGAAGCAGCUGUUGGAUUUGAAGGGCAGGAUGGUGGCCUUCUGUGAACUCUGCCAGAGCUGCCUCUCAGACGUGGAUUCUGAGAUCCAGGAGCAGGCUUUUGUCUUGUUAAGUGAUCUGCUUCUCAUCUUCAGUCCUCAGAUGACUGUAGGGGGACGAGAGUUCCUUAGGCCUCUUGUCUUUAUUCCUGAAGCCACUCUGCAGUCUGAGCUGGCCAGCUUCCUCAUGGACCACGUCUUCAUCCAGCCUGGGGAGCUGAGCAGUGGUCAUUCCCAGGAGGAUCGCUUACAGAUUGAGCAGCUGCACCAGCGGCGCCGCCUCCUGGCUGGGUUCUGCAAGCUGUUGCUUUAUGGGGUGCUGGAGAUGGACGCAGCCUCGGAUGUUUUCAAACACUACAACAAGUUCUACAAUGACUAUGGUGAUAUUAUCAAGGAAACAUUAACUAGAGCAAGGCAGAUUGACCGAAGCCACUGUUCCCGAAUCCUGCUGCUCAGCCUCAAGCAGUUAUACACAGAACUGCUGCAGGAACAAGGGCCCCAGGGCCUGAAUGAGCUUCCAGCUUUCAUCGAGAUGAGGGACCUGGCCAGGAGAUUUGCCUUGAGCUUUGGACCCCAGCAGUUACAGAACCGUGACCUUGUGGUCAUGCUACACAAGGAAGGCAUCAAGUUCUCCUUGUCUGAGCUUCCUCCAGCUGGCUCCUCCAGUCAGCCCCCAAAUCUGGCAUUCCUGGAGCUCCUUUCGGAGUUCUCCCCCCGACUCUUCCAUCAGGACAAGCAGCUGCUACUGUCCUACCUGGAAAAGUGUCUGCAGCGUGCCUCCCAGGCACCUGGUCGUCCCUGGGGUCCAGUCACCACUUACUGCCACUCCCUCAGCCCCGGAGAGAACACGGCAGAGGUCAGCCCUCAGCGCUACCCCCGCUCCAAGAAGAGGCGAGUUGAAGGGCCCUCCAGGCAGCACAGAGAAGACGUCUCUGCGUCCCAGGAGGAAAGCCUACAGCCGAACAGCAUCCCGGCCACACCUGCCCUCACCUCCACAGCUGUGAAGAGUGGGCAGCCCCUUGGGGCGUCGGAGGAGAUGGAAGAAGGCGGCAGCUCAGAACUGGCAUUUCCCCAAGGCCUGUACAUUUUAGGCAACCCAAGGUCAAGGUCCUUGAGUCCACAGCAUUUCCAGACUCCGCUCAACCCUUCAGGUCCUGGUCUGGGCAAGCAGCUGACCCGGCUCAGCUUGAUGGAAGAGGAUGAGGAAGAAUUAGAAGUUCAGAACGACUCGAAUGAAGAUUGGCAAGGUUCAGGCAAGUCCUCCUCCUCCAGUGAGCACAGGCUGGACCUUUUAGAUUCUACAGAGCUGAACAUGGAGGAUUUCUGAUGUAACCCUAGGUCCUUCCCCAUCUCCAGGACAUGACCACUUAGAAAAGGCCAGCAGAAAAGAUGGAAUGAAAGGAAUCGUUGCUUCCCCACCCCUGGUCUCUGAGGGGAAAGAGGUGGGCUGUGCCUUGCUACCCUGGCCGCCUCUGGCGAUGCUAGACUAGAGCAGUCACAAGCUCCUGUCCUUCCUGGGGCUCCGUCCCUUUCUUUGAGCAGAGUGCCUAUUUUCUGCUGUUUGGAAUUGGUGGGGGACAUCACCUCAGUCGUGGAGAGGGGCACCGCACACCUGUGUUGAAAAUAAGGAGCCCAUAUAUUUUUCUGUAUUGUGGGAAAGUUUCUGAGCUUCGUUUGUGCCCUAUUGAUUUAGCGCAAUAAACAUGUAUGAGUCAGUUGC